UUUUCAUCACACGUCACCGACCUCCGCCUCGUGUCUGUGGAGUUGGCGAGCAUCUAACAGCUGAGUGACAGGGCAACAGGCGGCACGAGUUUGAGCUUGUGAGCGAGUACAUGCCCGACGGAAGAAAAUAAUAAAUCUAAUAUCGUUUUUUGUUUGUUGGCGGUCUUGAGAGCAUUAUACAAUUGAACUGAAACUCCAUCAGUGUGUCUUAAGAUUUAUUUGAAAUCAUAACCAGCGUUUAAAAGUGUCUUAAAAGCCGGCUCCGCCCAUGGCGUGGUCUUGACCCCUCUCUCCCCUCUGCUGGGUUUCGGAGGCGGGGGCUGCGGGGAUGAGCUGGGCAGUGGGCGACUGGGCGGCGGGGCUGUCGGGCACAGCCCUGCAGAAGGUGCGGGAGCUGCAGGCCCAACAGGACCGGCUGCAGAGGGAGAAGCAGCAGAGACAGCUGCAGCUGGAGAGCACAGAGGCUGCCCUCUGCAAGCAGAAACAGAAGUUCGAGGAGGUGCGCGUGGAGCUGGCCGGGGUGCGGAAGGACCUGCAGAGCUCUCAGGAGGAGGUGCUGGUGGGGGUGCGGGAGCGGCAGCGUCUGUCCCAGGAGCUGCAGGUGAAGCAGGCGCAGGUGUGCGGCCUGGAGGGGCAGCUGGACUCCGCCCGCUCGCUGUCGCACACGCUCACUCAGGAGGUCAAACGGCUGGAGGCGGAGCUUGAAAAGCUGCAGAAUGCCAACAGCUCUGGGGACUCUGCGCUGUUCUCCACUCCCUGCUGGAAUGUGUCCUCAUGGGAACACAGUGGGUCCCGCAGGGAGCAGAAGGACUCGUCCGGAGGAGGCGACGGCGAGGUCAGAGCCCAGCACGUCAGGCAGCAGCUGCAGUUCGCCGAGCACGGCCCCACACCUGCGUCUUCCCCGUUCCCCCGGCAACUGCAGAGCACCCCGCCCUCCGGCCGCCGGAGCCGCCAGCCCAAGCCCCCCUCCGCCUCCGCCGUCUUUCCGUGGGAGAGGGAGGAGGCGUCGUCCGCCCCCAGGGGGAGGGCUGCCGCCUUGACCCCGCCCACCGGCGAUGUCAUCGAGCGCUGCAGCCCCGAGGACGCAGAGAAGGAGGCGGACGUCAGGAAGGAGAAUGACAUCCAACGAUCCAAAGUCGUGGAGCUUCAGACGUGGGUUCAGUCUCUGGAGCAGGAGGUCCGCUCGGCUUCGGACCGGCACCGGGAGUCGGAGGCCCGGUUAGCCGAGGUGCAGGGGGAGCUGGCUGCCCGGGAGCAGACCCUGACUCGGGCCCGAGAGGAACUGGUCCGGGCCAACGGCCGCGUGGAGAAGGAGAAGGACAGGGCGCAGGCUGCAGAGCAGCGGGUGAAGCAGCUGCAGGAGGAGCUGGGUUGCCAGAGGCAGAACGCCGAGAGCAGCCGCCGCAGCGCCGAGCAGCGCAGGAAGGACCUGGAGAGAGAGCACCAGAGAGAGUUGUUGGAGCUGCAGAAAGAGAGCCAGUCCAGGGAGAAGCAGCACCAGCAGGAGAGCAACAAGCUGAACCAGGAGCUGCAGCAAGCCCGGACCCUGCACAACACGCUGCAGGCACAGUGUGACAAGGUGUUGCUGCAGAAACAAACUCUCGAGAAAGAUCUGGACGGUGUGAAGGGCAAACUGCAGUGGACAGAAAAGGAACUGCAGGAGUGCCAGAAGAGAGAGGCACAGAUCCAGAGCAAGCUAACGGAGGCGCUGCGGGAGAAGGACAGUCUGGGGCUGAGCCUGGAGCAGAGCAGUCAGCGGGUGAAGAGUCUGGAGGAGGAGGUGAAGAGACUGAGCCGGGAGUUGGCUGAGGCCCUGAGGCUGGUGUCAGAGCUGCAGGCUCGGCUUGCUGUCCCUGCCACACCGGCAGUUCCUGCACGAUGUCUCCCUGUCGGGGACAGCUUCUCCUGCCCUGUGACCCCCCAUCGCCCCUCACACGUGCCGAAGAAGAAGGUUGCCAGGCCCGAAAAAUCCAGGGAAGAGCAGCAAGAGCAGAGGGCCAAGUACCCCACAGACAGAGAGCCAGCGGAGGGCAUAGACUCUGAUUUUAUAGGGGAGUUUGGGUCCCAAGCACCGAAAGGUGAAGGAGGGAGGGCAGGAAAUGAGGCUGAUAGGAGAGGCUCCAUAACCCGACAAGAGGAGGAUGAACAGAGAGGAAAGGAGACGACUCCACUAAAGAGAGACGAAACAUCUGUCGAUGAGGAGGGAGCGUCCAUUAAAGAGCAGGAGGAUGCAGGGACUGACCAAGGCGAGACCUUGCAGAGGGACGUCAGCGUCUUGACCAAAGAUGAAAAGCAAGAACAUCACAGCAGUGAUGGCGAUACCCAGCCAGAUGGUGUGGGUGUUCUGAGCCAGGACUCCAUUUCCUCAUCUGGUGUCAAAGGCCAGCAUGGCUCGCCGUCCUUACAGGAUCUAAAAAGAGAAAACGCGGCCCUGCGUGAUGACCUCAGGGAGGCCAAGAGGGAGCUGGAGCAGAGGCUGGAGGACCUGGAGGCCCAGAGGAGGGCGGAGACGGAGGCCAGGACCAAGCUGAAGCAGGUGAGCCGAAAGCACUCCUCCCAGGUGGAGCAGCUCCGCCAGAAGACCCAGGAGCUCAAGGAGGAAGGAGGCCGGCUGGAGAAACAGGUGGAGGAGGAGAGAAAGGAGAGCGGCAGGCUGAGAGAAGCCCUGGAUGCCCUGGAGUCCGAGCGUCGGGAAGAACAGGUGGAGAAGAAGAGAGAAGGCAAAGAGGAGAGGGCUGAGGUAGACAAGCUGAGGGCAAAUCUAGCGGCACUGGAGACUGAGCUCAGGAAACAACAGGAGGAUGGGGAGACGGAGAGAUUUAAAAGUGAGGAGUGCAGGAGAGCUCUGGAAGAGGAGGUGGCAGAAAUUAAGACCGAAUUGGAGGAGUUGCGGAAUUCGAAAUUGGAAGGGAAAAAGGGGAGUGAAGAGGCCAAGAAUCCCUUACUACCCCUCAUCCUGGAUUUUAACUCCAACAACAACAAUUCUGUCACCACUGGAGAUGAUAAUUUGAUUCCAUCGCCAGCUGGACCCAUUCCUCUCUGUGACUCUGUGGAAGAGGAGACCCUGGAAAAGGUAGAAAUUGACCUGAUCUGCAAGGAGGGAGCAAAAGCCUCAAAACCUCCUGGAGAAAGCAGAGAGCUUUAUCUGGCGAAGCCUGCUGUUGAUGGGCCAGGGACACAAGCAAAAUCAGAGAAGUUGCUGGAUUCAGAUGAGGUGGUCCAGCUGGUCCUGGAAGUGGAACGCCUAAGGGGUGAUUGUGUGAAACUGCGGGGUGAGAGGGACAGGGAGGCCGGAAGGGCUAAGCAGGCCCAGGCCAGGCUAGAGGUCUUGCAGAGCCAAGUGACUAACCAGACCAAACAGCUGACCCUUGCCUUCGAAAACCAGAGCGGCAACAUAACAGACCUGCUGGGGGAGCUGCAGGACAGGGACAGCACCCUCCAGAGGCUGGAGGAAGAACUGCGUGGCUGUCGUGGGGAAAUCGCUGAACUGAAAGCGGAGAAGCAUAAGCUGCAGCUGGGGAGUGAGGGCUUUGAAGAACCAGAGGAGACGGGGCCCGUGGAGAUGAACUCUCCGCUCCCUUCAACCCCGGGUCAGGCAGUCACACCAGAUAGUGAAGCUGAGCAAACGGCUGACCGAAGCCCGCUUCAGGAUUCUGGCCAGACUUCUCUUUCGAUGACUCCUCCUAUGGAGCAGAUGUUACAAAGUAUCAACAAUGACGGCUCUGUGAAGGAUUUUCAGGCAGAGUUACGUGACUUGAAGGCUGAGAAUGAAGAACUGAGAUCUAAACUCGCUGCAGCUGCGACUGUAAAAGGACUGAAUUGUCUGGACGCAGACCUAAGUGCUCUCAUAGGAGAUGGCACCACUCAGAGACUAGUGGCCGAAUUAGAGGCUGCCAAGGAAGAUCUCAGCCAAGUGAGAGCAAAGAAUGAAGAGCUUCAGUCCAUGUUAUCUCAAGCCCAGUUGUCAAACAAGCAGGAAAAACAACCUCUGGAUUCAGAAGUUAAACAAGGACUUCUUUGUGAGAGCCAACAGAAUAUCAUUGUUUCUGGAGAUUCGGGCACCCAUGCCGAGGAAGCAAUGGGAAGAGUGGAAGCUUUUGUGAAUCAAGACUUCCUGACAGAACAAAGUGAAAACCACGAACUGAAUUUAAUGGUUGAAACCACAUCUUUUCUAGAAGGGAGCAUGCAGCAAACAAUGUCGACAGGCCAAAAGGCAGGUGACGCACACAACAAGAGCAACAAAGAUUCAGAGUCAGAUACGGAUGUGCAACAUCAUCAACAUCAUCACGCCAUUAUCAGGUUGCAAGCUGAAAAUCAGGCAUUGAGAUCCUGGGCUCUUGCAGUGUGUCCUCCAGAUAGACAGGGGGAGUUAGCUGCUAUUGCUGAGAGCGGAUUUCAUAGUGGCACUAAUUGCAAGCUGGGUGAUGGUGACAGUAAAUUGACUAGAGCUGAAAAUUUAGCUGAUGAAGGGUCUGUUGGUAUAGAGAGGGUGGUUAUGAGUGAACAGAGCAGUCAAAGCGAUGUGGCUUCACAGUCGUUGCUGAAAUUGCCGCCUGCCCAGGAACUCACCAGUCCUCACAGCAAUGAUGGACUGCAUCUGGACGGUGGAAAAGACCUACAGGACCAAAUCCAGUCUGAACCAUGUGGUCUGAAAUCUGGGGAAAUGGAUGAUGAUACUGCCCAGCAGCAGACUGUCACAGGCAAAACUGGAAUGGAGCAAGACCAGUUCUCUCCGUCUCAGCUCACAGCUCUUCAGAAGCAGUUGAUAGAACUCCAGUCCGAGGUCUCUAGCCUGCGAGAGGAGAACACAAGACAAGCAGAAGAGCUUGAGGUCUGGAGGGUCACUGGAGAGCCCAUCUCCCCUUUGCUAACAGGGGAGACCGCCAUUCACUCUCGCCAAGGCUCAAUAGUAGUGGUGCGUGAAGACCAGCUGGUCCUAACCUGCAACGGGGAUGACCUUGAGUCCACACACACGCUACUGGAUGUGCAGGUGGAGUAUGGCGGGCUAGACAUCUCUGAAAAAAAUUCUGCACCAGCUGAAAGAGUUGACCGUGACAAUGGACAAGGCUCCUCAAACCCAACUGAGAGGACCCUGGAGUCACUCAGGAGCACAGGGAAUCUGCCGGUGACUAUCCAGGUGCCAACUAUUGAUACUAAUGUUAUGACAGACUUCAAGACCAAAGCAAUGAUUCACAGGGACAUGGAUAAAGGGACCGAAAUCAGGCCGGGCAGUCAUGAUGUUAGUCAUCCUAGUUCAGUCACUGUGGAAAGUGAUGACAACUCUAAGGUAAUUCAGUCCUGCGUUGCAGGCAAACAGACCAAAGCAACAGAGAACACUCACAGAGACGAUCAGGAGAAAGGUGCAAACCAUUAUGACAGCAAGUCCAAAGCAGCAGACUGCAGAACUACAGAGGACCAUAUCGAAGCAGCUUCCCGUGAAGGCAGUCUGGCCAAAACCGAAUGCACAAACAAAGCAAUGGACCGCAAAGGGACUCAUGCACCUGUAGUGGAAAAUGCAGGUGCAGUCAGUGAACACUUAGCGCCUGUUAAAGAAACUCAGGGGGUUGAGAAGCCACAUCAACAGAUUCUGUGCUCUGUCAACACUAAAGAUUGCACUACGGAUUCAGGGAAGACACAUAGAGAUGGUAAUAACUCCCUCUUGGAAGAAAAAAGAAAGGAAUCACAAAUUACAAAAAGCAUUUUCAUAACCGAAGACACUCAAAUGUACUGUGUACAGACAAAAACUCAAACUGAAAGUAAGCAUGGCUUGAAGAAUGAUUCCCCUCUUUUCAGUGAGGCUGACACUACCAAAGGGAAUACACUAACAACAACCCACAGACAGUCACCGGACAGCACCACUGAUAUGCCAAAGCUUGUCUGCCCUGGAGUAGAGAGAGAAAAUGAACCUCUGCCACCUCAACACAGUGCCCCCUGCGGGCCAAAAGUGGUCACCAGAGACUGUCAAACUCAGACUGAAGUGGAGAGUCUGGCUUUCAUAGAGCAGAGGGCAGGGGGCGACCCUGAGGGCAGUGUGAGUAAAGAGCUUCAGAGCAUGGCCACUCAGACGGAUGGUGACAGUAGAGGGGUGGAACAGGCGACGCCUGGGCCCCCUGCUGGUGGCGGGGAGAUAAAGCACUCGAGCACCCAGACCGAGCCUGCGGAGAUACAGGACGAAGAUCCCAACACCAGCAACGAAGAGUUUGAGCAGAACUCAUAUUCGCCGCCGUUGUCGCCCAUGCUGGCGCCGGAGGGCGGAACCGGCCCUCUGUUCUCCGGGUCGUUCCCCAUCCCUGCCGACCCGGCGCGUCUGGCGGAGAGGAUCCGUCGGAACCGCAGCCGAAUUUCGGCCGCCUUCGACGACACGGAGUACGAGCCCUACGGGCUGCCCGAGGUCGUCAUGAAGGGUUUUGCCGAUAUUCCGAGUGGCCCCGCCUGUCCCUAUGUCCUGAGGAGGGGCCUGCUGGGGACCGACGCGCUGCCCCUCCCCCUGAGGGAGCAGGCGGAGGAGGAGCAGGAUUAGCUCUGACACCUCUGACCCCUGACCCCGCAGGUUUGCAGACCAUGGACUCCAGUGCAGACCUGCUGAAGCAGGAGAACUUCAGCACUACAUGGGAUGAGAUGGAGUGAGUCCGCUCCAGUUAAGAGCCCAGCCAGGUCUCAGCUGCUUGUUAUUUUCCCUCUGAUACUCGUUUAUGGGGAUGGAAAAACACUCGUUUUCGUCCCCCGGUCUGCUGGUUUUACCGUUAAGAGGCUGCAGCCGAAACCCGUGGCACAGCUGGUAGCUUCCCAAACCUGGGGUAGAUUCAUCACAGCAGCUGUCUGUCUGUUCUUCAAUAACAUGCAAACAUGUCCAGUGAAUAAACCGUGUCCCAUACAUUUUUCCCAGGGAAAUAUGAAACACCUAGCAGUAAAUAAAAAAUGCUUCAUGAGGUGAGUUUGUUAUGAAGCUUUAAUCUCCACUCACCAUAGAGGGAAGUUUGGACGGUUGGUUUAAAACUGGUUUGAUCGAGUGAGCUACAUUCAGUAUGGGCUUCUGUAAUGGAAUAGUUUUGAAUAUUCAAACACCAUGUAACCAUGUGUUUGAAAGGAUACUUCCUGAAUGGUUUACUGAGGAUAAAAAAAUACUAAGAAAGUGUAUGGCUAUAGCCAGCAUUUUAGUUCUCCUUACAAAGGACAUGUGCCUAUUGUGUGCUUGGUGUGUCCAAAAAAAGAGUUUUGUGUUUUGACUAAUAGAGACAAGUACUGUAUAAUAGAACUUGUGGCAAUUUAUUUGAGAAAAGUGACAUUAUUUAAAGCGAUAUUAUUUGUAAUCUUGGGGUAUUAUCCACUGAGAUGUUUGAGUCAGUUAAAUUCUCUAUAUGGUUAUGAAAAGUAAGCUAAAGUCACCUCCCCUUACAAAGCCACAGAACAAGGCCCACCACCCUCAUUCACUAAAUGUGCACUACAGGGAGACCCUGACUUACCGUGUGACUGUGUACACGUGUGUGUGCGUGUAUGUGCCCUCCGAGCAUCUUUAGAAAUAUUUUCAAGCUAUUGAAUAGCGUGUUAAUACCAGCCAGUUUGCAGCAUAGUAGGCUGAGAGUGGUUUUCUGUGGGACUGUAUGCGCAUGUGUGUGUGUGUGUGUAUGCCUGUGUGUGUGUGUGUGUUUGAGACUGUAUGAGUGUGUGUGUGUGCGUGAGUGUGCGCUGUAUGCGUGUGUGUGUGUCCGAGUGUGUGUGUAUGAGACUGUAUGAGUGUGUGCUGUGUGCGUGUGUGUGACUGUAUGAGUGUGUGUGUGCGUGAGAGUGUGUGUGUGUGUGCUGUGACCGUGAGAGUGUGUGUGUGUGUGUGUGUGUGUGUGCUGUGUGCGUCUGCCUGCACUCACAAUAAACCAGGACUGCCUUUCCGCUCCAUUUAUGGUGAUCAGCCGCUUGAGCCGGGCCCGUUACCUUCUGUCUUGCAUUCGCAGCGUAGAAACCCCGACUCGCCUAUGGAAGGGCGCUUACAGGUGUACAUAAACAAAUAUAUGAAUGUAUAUCCACUGAUGCUAUCGAAAGUUUUAUGUUUUAAGGUUUUGACCUAUGACUUUUUUUU